UCGGGAGGCUCGGCUCCGGCUCACGGCCACAGGCAUGCCUCCCAAGUACGACCGAAGGGCACACACACAGCGCACCGAAAGCCGGUCAAACCUCGUUGGAAAGUUUACUACUUCUGUUAAGAAAUUUGUCCAGGAUGUCGAAUUCGACCACACGCGCGAAGGAGCUGUUCAAACAAGCGAACGCGUCCACUUUGCCCAACAGAAGAUCAGUGAGUCGUACCAGACAGUGCGGUCGGCGCUCAUCAAGCUGCACGAGCGCUACGAGGCCUCCAAGGCGGAGAGGAACAUCGUACGACGGUACGCCCUCUUCAAGGCGAUGGUGAAAGAUGUGAUCUGCCUGGACACCCAGUACUGGGUGCUGCUGGACCUGCCCAAGCAAGAAAAGCAGGAGCAAGUGACGUCAUAUGUGCUACGCGCAUGCGCCACACUGGAAAAGGCGAGCGACUCACGCGCCCAAGAUGCCUCCAAGGCAAACUCCAGAGCUGAAGAGGAGGCCAGAGAACGAAAACAACGACUAGACAGCAUGUCAGUGCAGGAAAUCGAGGAAGAGAACUCCCAGUCCAUCAACGACCUGUACAGGCUGCUAAAGAAAUACGGCAACCUGCGGGGAAUCGUGCACGGGCUGCAGAUCUCCUACACGGAUGCCAAGGUGUACCCUUUCAUCCCGCGCUACAACAUGCUCAAGGAUAUGAUCAAGUGCGUGCUAAGGGACCCCAGCUACAUGGAGGUCUGUCACGAGGACAGCAGCCGAACUUAAAAAACGCGCUCUCAUCAGCCACAGAGUUCACCUUCACACCGCAAGAUGCAUGCCACCGUGUCUAUGGUCUUUUUAUUUAGUUUUUUCUAUCCAGAGAGAGAGGAUUAUUUUCUCUCUCCCAUGUGUCUAACGCUUGCAUUGUGACGAAGAUCUUCCAAAAUGAGACACGAUAACUGUCACGUUACUUAAAGGCGAGUGCCGAGUACCGCAUCGAAACCGAAACCGGGGAUUAACGGGAUUAACCAUUAGUUUGCGUAGAAGUGUAGCAAAAGCAAAACACGUCGGAUUAUGUGUGAUUAAGGCGCAGUAUCUGUCCGACUCUAUUGUCUAAAUGUAGCGAAAGAGAGAGAGAGAGAGAGAGCAUGGUGUAUGCACUGCUUUAUAAAGGACGCGUGUCGAGUAUAGAAUUUCGCGUGAAGGUACUUAGUACUGUAGUGUGGUUUAAAUAGAUAAUAUUUCCCAAUUCAACUAUGGUCCGCUAUUCUACACAGCAUCCAGUGGUGUCGUUAACACAACUGUGCCCAUUGCGUUGGAAAAUAACCCUGCAAUUGUUGUGCAACACUACAGCUCCCAGAACUCAGUCUACACAUAGACACUGGCGUUGUCCUUAUACGUGCGUGACCAAAUACUUCUUUUUAAGUUAGACAGUUCCGAAGUUCCACAAUUGCCGAACACUGUAUAAUCAUUUUAAAAGAAAUGUAUUAAUUUUUUGCUAGUUAUUACUGCUAGAUUUUGCUAGUACACCAGAAAUACUGGGUAUUCCACAAAAAUAAAACCGAACUGAAUUGUACAGUAGCGGGACAAUGCGGUCAAAAAAUGACACAUUGCAACUUCAAGCAACGACCUACUCUUUUCUAUUUGUUUUAGAUAACUUACUUAAUUAAAUUGCGAAAUUAAAAUAGAUCUUUAAUUGUAUUUUGUGAUAAGAAAUAGCCAGUCCGUAGAGAGAACCUUUUCCAUGAAUCACACGAAAAAGGGCUGCACAUCCAGAGUGUACACAAUUAUUCAGUUUGGAUUUAAGUUAAUUUAACUUCCUGUUCGAUUCUCACACACCAAGCGAUGCGAACUGGUCCUUCCAAUUUUAUCAGUAUUCGUGAUAAUUAAUACGUCGGAUUAGUGCAAAAGCUAACGGUAGGAACUUCCUAAGCGAUAACCCGCGUUUUCCAAAUAUUUAACUCUAAACGCUGAUUCAACUUCAUGAAUUCUAGAAAACAGCGGGCAAGGGCCCCGCUUUCAGAUUGCAUUCUUUCCAAUGGGCUUGCAGGAAGAUCAGGAAAUGGAUGUUUCUAAUCUGCUGACAAAUGUUCCUCGCAGUGAUAACGACAGAGGGAGAGGAGUGUGAUACAUGAUAAGGUCGAUGAUCAUGGUGCUUCCUCGUACCAAUUAAUUAUCUACCUGAAAACUAUAUGAAAUACCAUAUAAUGUGGGACACUGCAAAGGCGUGUUCAUAAUAAACGUCGCAUAGCGUAGCACUUCUUCGAGGCCUGCUUUCCGUGGCAUACCCGAUAAUAGGAUACACAUUUCGUUAAAGAGCCUUGCUAUGUCGCAAGAUACUUCGUUAAAAGACGUUGUGCUCCGACUAUAUAGUCUCAAGCAGCACAACAUCUUGGUCCAAUAUCGGUUGAACAUUGGCAAUACCGGCCCAAUAUUGGUCCAACCUUGGACCAGUAUUGCCGAUAUAUAGCCAAUAUUGGGCCAUUAUAUUUUGCUGCCUGGGGUGUCAUCUUUUCAUUACAGACAUCGCCGAGAGCAGAGCAAACGUGUUCUAGCUCGAACGGGGAGUUUAG